ACAUACCCAGCACGCGCGCCCGGACACACACGUGUAAAUUGUGCAGCUUCGCUUGAACGUAACCCCUAGCCUCCAUCUGCCUGCCCGCUAAUAUACAUUGGCACGUAAACAUGCAUUGGAAGGUAAUUUGCAAAACUAGGGCCUUGAGCGAUAGCUCAAGCAAGGAGAACCGGAGAGGGAGAAAAAAGAAAGAAAUAGAAAGAGAGAGAGAGAGAGAGAGAGCUAGAGAGGGUCUAGCGCACCAAUGCAGGCGGGUGAGAAAGUUGGCCGCAAAAUAACAACAACGAGUUGAGAGAAAGCCGCCUUGCCGGGCCUAUACAACUCCGCGUUGACAGCCAAUGUAACGGCAGCAGUUCUGCAGCAUCCACCACGGUUCGCGCCGAUCAGGUACGCACGAAACAUUUGUUGCUGCAGUGUGCUUGCUGCGCUUCGUUCAGUUGCACGCGCUGACUUUAAAGAAUAUGGUGUUGCAAAGAAAAGCAGAGGAUGGUGCCUCGAGUGUAAUGUUGAGUUGAAGUCUUUAUGCUUCGCCCCUGGUUAGGUUUUGCUUCCGCGUUAGGAAUGGAUUACUCAAGGUCGGAGCAACCCGUCUAGGACCACGACCUUCUCUCGUGGUGUAAAUGAACCCGAUACCGUUUACUACAACUGCGGACAGCAUGCCGAAUAUAAAAAAAGUAAGCAGGUUUGAGGAGGUUGAGAGGGAGCGGGGAAGGAGGGCCCGACUUCCAAGGCCACAACGCUAGAGUAUAUUGCGCAUUAACAUUAUGUGGGAUCGCCGGCUUCGCAGUUGGUCGAAACGGCUCGACGCCCGAAGCGCCAAGAAGCGAAUACGCCAUUCUUACGAGGCAUCGCGUUGGCUCACGGAAAUAUUAGUGGCUGCCGUUGGCGAUACUUUGUCCCACGAGGCGAGGAACUUCAACUGUGCCAUCAGGACAACGAGAAGCGACCAGGACACAAAGAGUAUUGAGGCACGAUGAAGGAGAACGAGAAGAGUGCUUCCACUGAUGCGUCUUACGCACUUCAGUACGGCAUCACUAGUAGUUUGGAAGAAAUUAUGAACAUGAAGCAAGAAGCCACGCUACAACUGCGCGAACUCAUUGCAGGUGAAACCCAACUCCAUUGCCCCACAAACGAAGCUUUUCUCGGCAAGUUUCUGCGAGCUCGAGAUUACAACGUCGAGUGCUCGUUCAAGAACGUCAAGAACUACUUCAAAGUACGAAGCGACUGCCCCGAAUUAUUUGACAGGCUGGAUCCAGAUUCUGUUUUCUUCGACACCAUUUGUCGUGAGCACAAGCUCGUUACAGUUUCUCGAAAAAAAGACCCCAAAGGAAGGGCCGUUAUUUUGUUGAAUCUGGGAGCUUGGAGCACCAGCAUCUGUUCACUGAAUGACUUUUUCCGAGCCGGUAUAGUUCACGUCGAACACGUUCUUCAUGAUGAAAAAGUUCAAGCCAACGGCGUCGUGUUUGUGAUGGACUUUAAGGACCUUGGCAUCUACCAUUUGACCCAGUUCACGCCACCAGUCAUCAAAAGGCUCUUCAGGCUUCUGCAGGAUUGCUUUCCAUUGCGGAUAAAAGGAAUAUAUGUAACAAACAAUCCCACUUUAUUUGAUAUCCUGUUCGCAAUCGCCAAGCAUUUCAUGAAAGCCAAGUUGGUCAGCAGGACUGUACUUUUCGGCACUGACUGGAAGAAGUUGCGCUGUCUGGUACCGGACGACGUCAUUCCUGAGGAAGGCGGCGGCACGCUCGGAACCUACGACUACGACGCUAUGGAGCGGGACUUGAAGAGCAACACUGAAUACUUUAGGGAAAUGAGUAACUACGGAUACCUACACAAGCCGAAUGUAUGUGCAGAUUCUGAAGGAUCCCAAGAAGAGGAACAUACUGCGUUGUGAACAGUAUGGCAGUGGCUUUGUACAGGGACGAAAUCGCGCCUUCGUUUCUUCCUGCUCUGAUGUUCAGCAGGCUCUGUUUGUGCACAAGUUUGGAGGGUAAACUUGCUUUCUGGGGUCGUGACUUACUUGCAUGCGACGUCUUGUGGGAAUGAAUAAACGUUUGGCCGAAGCUAGCAUAUGUCACAGAAAAGAACAAACUCAUCUCAAACAAUCGAUGGUUCAUCUUCGUGUGAAAAGCGCGUUUCUUCAAAAAAAAAAAUGAUAAGUGCGUGGGUGACAUUGUGACACUAGAAACUUGCUCAUGCGCCGAGAAGCUGGAACAUAGUCAAUUUCGUGUCACAUUAUGCGAAUGUUGCGCCUAGGACAGUUAAGAAGCUGGAAGGCAUUUAUGCUAAGACACAUUUGUCACAAAAAAUUGCACACAUCCCACGCGCCGCGGAAAUCUAUGUUAUGCGAAGCAUUUUGUAGAUCGCUGGCUAUGCAGCAUUGUUUGGGUUUCCGCAAAGCGUUACCAUGUGAACCAACGCGUUUGUGUAAGUCGAUUAGUUGUGUGUGUGACGCGAGCGUAUGCGGGUGUGAUGACAGCAUCAAGACAGCGACGGUAACGACGAUCGCAUGACGGAAAUGACAUUAUUUCCACUGUGUCCGUUAGAUGCGAGUUUAUACAACAUGCCGAUUUUGGGUUCCGCAUAGUUAUUUAAUGAGCGUAAGCGAGCGAUACAGGGAAUGUAACCCUGAUAUGCCUCUAAUUGUUAUACAAUCGCACGUACCUACGUCUGUGUCG